UCAGUCGGUAUACCUCAUUCAUUAUCGCUAAAAAGUAAUUCUUCUACAGCAGAAAUUUGACGCCCUACUUGAUUCUGCACCAAGUUAGUGAUCGCCAUUAAAUCCAGUUUUGCCAUGACGGCAGUACGAAAUUUAUUGAAAGGCACGCGCAGUUUGUUGGAACUUUCCGUCGCGGAAGUUGUUCUGGCAGUGCUGGGAUUCGCUGCAAAUCUCUACAGCCUCUUUUAUGGAGCGUUUCUUACGGUCAACGAUUUCCCGACCCUCCAACUUCUGGCGUUCAUCGCAACCACCCUGGUAUACGUUCUCCAACUGGUCAGCGGCGGCUAUCUUAUCGUGUCCUGCAUACGUGUCCUGCGCGGCCUCCGCGACCCGGCACGCUUCGGGAGAAAUCAUGGUGAACGCCACCCGAUCUUGUGCAUAUUCUGUGGACUCUACCUGCUUCUUCUGAUCGUUUUCGGAGUAAUCCAGUUCUCGGAACGUGCCCGGCACUUCGUCCCCUCACUGAGCGUGUGGGGUGCCGUUCAUCAGGUGUUCCGGACCGAACCCAUCGGACAGCUGGUCCUGCUGGGAUUGGUUGUGAUUCUGGCCGUCGAAUUCGUUCUGGCAAUGUUUCUUACCGCGCGAAGUAAGGAUCUUUAUGAGGAGCUUGAACGCGAGAAAAACGCGGCAACGCUUCUUGUCCACUUGGAAAGUCAGGAUUCAGCUCCGACUCGGUACAAGGGAGUGCAGUAUUCAGCUCCGCCACCAUACAAGGGUGUCUAACUGAAGAUGGAAAUUUGGAAUGUUCUUCACGGAAUCUAAUGGUUCCUCUAACUCUAAGAAUAGAUUUGCGCCGAAACCCUAGUCAACUACACGUAACGGUUUCAUACAGUGUUUUGUAUAUUUAUCACUGACUCUGUCAUGUUCCCUUCUCUGUCAUUAAUAUACAACCAAAAUGGUAGAGGAAUGCCAUUAAUUUUCCGU